AUGGAGAUCCCCAAGGAAGACGUUGCCGAGAUUAACGAGCUCAGGAGUGUCGAGCAGAGGCAGCUCGUGGAGGAGCUCAUCCUUCAGCUGCACGAGAUCGGAGCUGUUAAAUUGGGCAAUUUCAAGCUCAAAUCGGGCGUGAUGUCGCCCAUCUACGUCGAUCUGAGGGUGCUGCCGUCUCACCCGCGAGUGCUGGAGCGUGUGGUCGACUCCAUGUGGCGAUGCCUCACCGCCUCCGUCGGCGAGCAAGAGGCCAGGAAGCGCUUCACCCACGUGUGCGGCGUGCCCUACGGCGCGCUGCCCUUCGCCGCCGCCAUCGCCAUCAAGCACCAGGUGCCCAUGGUCAUCUGCAGGAAGGAGGCCAAGGACUACGGGACCAAGAGCCUCGUGGAGGGCGUGUUCAAGAAGGAUGAGAAGGUGCUCAUCCUCGAGGACGUCAUCACCAGCGGCAUCUCCAUCCAGGAGACCUCCACCAACCUCCGCAGCGCUGGGCUGACGGUCGAGGAGGCCGUGGUGUUCCUCGACCGCCAACAGGGCGGACGCCAGCGCCUCGCCGCUCUCGAGGGCGGCCUCGCCGUCACCGUCCACGCUGUGACGUCGCUCCGGCAGAUGCUGGAGACGCUCAAGGCGCACGGGCGCAUCGAGGAUUCGCUGCUCGACAGCAUCAACGCGUACCUGGCCUCCAUGGCCCAGGUCAGUCCCGCCGCUGCCGCCACCACCGCCGCCGCCGCCGAGAAGCCCAAGGUGUUGGCCUUCGCCGAGCGCGUGGACAAGUGCCAGUCGGCGGUCGGCAAGAAGCUCCUCCGCCUCAUGGAGCAGAAGAAGUCCAACCUCUCCGUGGCGGCUGACGUCACGAGCAAGUCGGAGCUGCUGACGCUGGCCGACAAGCUGGGGCCGCACAUCUGCAUGCUCAAGACCCACGCCGACAUCGUCCGAGACUGGGACGCCAACACCGGCAAGGAGCUCAAGGAGCUCGCUGACAAGCACCACUUCCUCCUGUUCGAGGACCGCAAGUUUGCCGACAUCGGGUAUGUGGCGCAGCAGCAGUACGGGGGCGGUCCGUUCGGGAUCUGCGAUUGGGCGGACGUCGUGACGGUGCACCUGGUGGCGGGCGCCAGCGUGGUCACCUCCCUCAAGGAGACCGCCGCCCAGAAGGGCCAGGAGCGGGGCGCCCUCCUCAUCGCCCAGAUGAGCACCGCCGACGCCGCCUCCAAGCAAGAAGAGGGAAGUGUGGAGCGGGCUUUGGCGGCGGCGCGGGCGCACACCGACUUCGUGGUGGGGUUCAUCUGCCAGGAGAACGUGCUGGCCAAGAACCCCGAGGAGAGCGCCUCCUUCCUCUACUGCACCCCCGGCGUUCGCAUCGGGUCGCAGGGUGAUGGGCUCGGCCAGACCUACCGCACGCCGGAGAUGGUCAUCGACCCGGUGGCCGCAGCCCGUGAGUACCAGGAGAAGGCGUGGGCGGCCUACACCGCGCGCUGCUCCGCCUCGCAGUAG